UUCAGCAAAAAACAUUGCGAGUUCUUCUUUGAGGCGCAGGCGCAAUUCAACCGACUUAGCCCCCCCUCAAGCUAAUUGUAGUAGCAGACACCAUGAAACGCCCACUUCCUUUGUACGCGUGUGAAACCUCCCCAUGCCUGCUGACUCCAAGUCCCACAAUACGGCACGGCUCGUCUCAUGGUGAUGACGCAUUCUUUGCGCGCCUCGCCUGUCUCAAGCAGGAGAGUAGACACCCGUUACCGCCACAUUAACGCAGGUGUCCGUCACUGAUGUCUCAACAAGCACAACAAACGGUGCCCUCCGCCCCAGACUCCCCCGCGCUGGUGGUCACCUCCAACGUGCAGAAAUAUGCUAUUAAGAAGAAGAAGGUCCUCAGUGCUGAAGAAGCGGAGCUGUUUGAACUCACCCAGGCCGCGGGCAUCACCGUGGACCAAGAGGUCUUCAAGAUCAUGGUGGACCUGUUGAAGAUGAAUGUGGCCCCUCAGGCGGUCUUCCAGACUCUGAAGGCAAUGUGUGCCGGCCAGAGAGUGGCCGAGAGCUGCGGCGGAGAGUCUUCGGCGGCCCCCCACGCCACUAACAUCACCGCAGCACCUGCAGAAGCCAGAGAAGAGGACUCUUUGGUCUCUGGAAAGAGCCCUAAGCCUCCUGCAGCUCCCCCCUCAGCAUCUGGCCCCAGAGCCACAAGGGUCAACACUAAGAUUGUGGUCUACGGCCCCCAAGACUCUAGCUCUCCUCACUCUCAAGUGCGCAGCAAAGCCGGGGCGAGCCACGGCGAGAAGAGCAGGGAGGCCUCCGGCCAGCGAGUGCAGCGGCAGCCCAGCGCCACUAGGGGGCAGAAGACCAAGAGCUCCGGCAGCAGUAGUUCCUCCUCUCAGAUAAACUCCACCUGAGACUCGAUUCGAGACCAUUUGUAAAUAUGUACUUUUCUUUGCAUUUAAUUAAUCGGUAUGUUUAACCGCGUGACCUCUUAAAUGGGUUGGGACACCUAAACAAAACCCUUGACUGGGUUUUUAGAUGACUGUCGCCUCCACCUUAGUGCAGUGGAGGCGAAGGUGAAAAAUGAUCACAGCCCUGAAAAGUGAAUCAAAAAUGGCAUUUCCAGACCCAGUGUCCAGAUUACACAGUGAGGUCUGUGAGGAGCAGCAGAUAUCUGAAAACCUUGAGAAAUAAAAUGAAAGCUACAUGCAAGAAUAUGAUGGAGACCUUGGAAGUUAGGUGAGGAAAAUAUGGAAAGUUUUUUUUUUUUUUUUGUUGUUUUUUAAUUUGGGUAAAUCCAUCCUUUAAAGUUCUAACACAAUGUAAGAAAGUCCUGGAUGCGUCCUCGCUCUUGUUCUGGGCAGGUGUUACUGCAAGUCAGUAAAGCCUUUUUCUUCAUUCAACAUUAAACAGACUUACAGAAAAGGAAAAAAAAUACUUUUUUUUGACUGAAAAAUUGUAUUGUAGUGUCUGUAUUCAUCAUGCAACUUUCUAUAAUGUGAUUAAUAUUUAUUAAACCCA